UCAUGACGGUUGUUUCUAGGAACGGGCCCCAGAUUCAUUCAAGGAGCGCGUCAAGUCCUCUUCAGCUUCGAGUCUUAUCUUGUCCUCGAUUCUGAUAUAUAAUAGUCUAGUGUCAGCUCGCUCAUGACUCUGUGAAUUCCAAACUACGGAAUCCUGUACAUAAAUUUCUCCUCGCGGAGCACUAGAGUCUACACAAGCCCAAAUCUGACGCCGAACUGGAGUGUUUCAAGACACUUUCCGAGCUGAUCUGCUGUGAAGUGAAACUUUUGAUGAAAAAUGGCAUCAGUCAAUCAGGACCAGCAACCACUCAACUUGGCUUCAAGAAUGGAUUUGCCUAAUCCAGUGAGUCUUGAUGACAUGAAAGGAAUAUUUGCUUCUCAAAAUGUUGAUCUGGAUGCUAGAGACGAACUGCAUGGUUGGUCACCUUUGAUGAUCGCUUGUGCUAAAGAUAAGAAGGAAAUGGUCCAGCUCCUCCUUGAUCAUGGAGCUGACCCCAAUGCAAAGGGCUCCAAAGAUGGAAACACACCGAUGCACUGUGCUUCCGUGGGCUACAAGUGUACAAAUAUUCCACUUUUUGCUAGUGAUCACUGUAAUGGCUGGGACAUACAGUCAAGAAAGGAGAUCCUCAGACUUCUCAUCAAUCAUGGCGCAACACUGACCUGUAACUCAAAUGGACUUGAUCCUCCUUGCAUCGCAGCAAUUUACAACUUCCAAGACAUCGUUGAAUUCUUUAUCCAGGGGAAAACCCAUGAAUUGCAAUUGUGCAAUGCAGAAAAGGCAAGAGUUUAUGAAAUUCUUGGAGUGGCACUGGGCCUUAAUACCAACCUCAAUGCACCUGCUUGCACAGGUGAGAACCACCCAUGUACGCAUUUCUGCAAAGCUCUGUCUAUUCACGAAGAAAGUGGCAUUACAUCCUUUAGAAAUCAUGGAAAGUCUGACGCAGCUGCUUCUUUCUCUCUUUUCUCUGAAACAACGGAAUGCAAGACUCAAGAAGACUGGGAAAACAUUAAGUCAGAUCAUUCGUCUUUAAAGAACCAGUGCUUCUUGGUUGCAGAAAGAGUGCUCCCAGAGGAAAUGAAAGAUGGCUACAUCUUGCAAAGAGUUUUCCAGCAUGGGCUUGAUGGCGUGAUGUUUCACAAGGGAAAGAUCCAGGAAACACUGUCUCAAGGUUGUCAGAUCUGUAGAGAAUCAAUACAAUUGGAGCUGGAAUCAAAACUUGAGCUUGGAUCAGUCCUUUUAGAGAUAGUGAAUGGUAUCCGUUUCACAAAACUUGAAGAUGAAGUAUUUGAUGAGUGUUACAAGUUGCUAGAUCUUUGUCUUCAGGUGUUUAGUAAAGACUCCCAGGACCAUCUGCACAAGAUGAACUGGCAUUUGGUGAAUGAAGUUGGCAAUUUAUUGUUCGAUAUUGCUCUCUAUCAUGACUGUGCCAAGUCAAAGAAUAUGUUUGAAUCACUGCUUCAGUUUGGUGAAAGAAUGGUAAGAGUUAUUAGAAUACAAAUUGGUGAAAAAUCUUGUGCAUCAAUCACUCGCUGUAUCUUGGAACGCAUUGAUGAAUUAUAUUGGAGGUCUUCCAAAACAGGGGGAAGGAGGAAGAGUACCGACGAAAGCAAGUGAAAGAGAAUUGUAUGAAGCACUUGAUCUCAAGGAUGGUGCGAUUUGAAGAUGCAACUCGAAUCGUAUUCGGGAAAUCAAUGUUGCAUUCGUUACUGGGUGAUGGUCAUUAUGCCAAACAGCAUUUCACAAAGGAAACUGCUCUGAUCCUCAUCCGCAAUGGGUGUGAUAUUGAAGCGCAAAAUGCUGUUGGUUUGACAGUGGAAGAGAUAAUCUGUAAAAGUAGCCGUUUUGAUCCAGAUGCACCAGAAAAUGAAGAGCUAAUGACCCUGUUAUCCCCACCAAGAACAGCGUUACCUCUCCAAGAAAUAGCAGCAAGAACAAUCCUUCGCUGCAAGAUCCCGCAUGAGGGCAUAGUACCAAGACAUCUGUCUGUUCUUGUUACAGGGGAAGUAGAAUACUCAGACUCAGAACUCUUCCUAGAAGACUCUCCUAGUGACUGUGAGUCAAGUGCAAGUGAGUAUUGUGGAUGGUAUAAUUCCAGUCAUGAUGGUAGUGUAUCUGAUGGUUUUUAAUGUCUGAUUGACAUGAUACUCCCUGCCCUUGGUCCUGUCUCAUUAAACUAAUAAUAAAUGCUCGGCCACUAGUAAUACACUUGCCCUCCCUUGAACCAGUAAACAAAUAGAUGAUAGGCUUAGCGCUUUUUAAGUUACUGCCCCAAAAGCCUGAACUGCCAUACUCUUGCAGCUUUCAAGGCAUGUCUGCAUCUGCAAUACAUCUUUUCUAAUUUCUUUUUAUAUUCCUCUUUGUAAUCAAUGUAUGCUUUGUUCGUAUAGUAAUGUUCUUUUGCUUUGUAAGUAUUUUCUUUUUAUGCGCUUUGUAUCUUAUGAAAAGGCACUUUAUAAAUGAAAUGAUAUUAAUAUUAUCAUAUUUAGUAACAGCUGUUACAUUUCAAAUUUGCUAACGGCCAAUCAAAUGCAAUGAUUUUACUAGCUCAUAAUAGUUAAUUGUAACUUGUUGAUAGACAUUUUAUGAAACAGGGCCAAGAUUUAAAAGCUAAUACCUUCCCCGACAUGGGGUAUUCAGAUAAAAAGAAUUCAGAUGGUCCUGAAUCUUCAUGCAAAGUAAUCAUAUCGUGAAUUUUCUUGUUUGUAGCAUAAUAUGGAUGGGCCUCAUGAUACACUUUCCACAGCUGUAAACAUGCACUGUACGUAUGUACAGUUUGUCAUUUUAAACCUUGUGAAAAUGUUGCAGUCCAAUCAGAUUAACAUCGAUAGGAUUAGAUUAAAUUUUCAAAAGUGAAUAUACAUGUAUGUCCACUUUUAGGUCUCCCAUGGUCAUAUGAAUAGGGAAAUUGAAUGGGGGGGGGGGGGGUUAGAGAACAAUCUUUUAACUAUCUCCAGCUUGUAUGUUUGUGGAUAGGUGUCCAUUCAAGCUAGAUGAAAACAAUGAAUGAUACCAAACUCCCGCCCCUGAAUUUUAAAAAGAACAUUUUCUUGUGGCAUUUUCUAAAGAAACAGACUUAUGAAUAUGACUCAGCUGAAUGUCUUCACAAAUCCUUGAAAUAGAUUGUUUCCUUAAUCAUUGUUUAUAUAUAGUUAUUUUUAUUUUAGAAAUCUCUGUUUCAAAUUAGAUAACACGUAAAAGAUAUUUAUUAAAGGAGAAAUGUGUAUUGUAUUAGACAUACAUGCAUAUUUUCGAGAAUUUGAAUUCUAUGAAAUAAACUGUGAUCUGCCAUUACUCUUGCAAAUUAUUUUCUCUGGGCUAUAUUUUCUCAAAGAGGCGAUAUGAGCCUAUUAGGUAAACGUUGAAUAUAAGUGAUAGGAGGAAUCGCCCUUGGAUUUCUCUAAAUACUUACAUGUGUGUAUAUAUACAUGUAUAUACACACACUCUUAAUGAGCGUAUAACUUGAGUUAUUACAUCAAGGCAUGUAUUACGUCAACAGAAAGUUGUUCUUGAUGUUAAUUUCAGACUAUCUGUAAAGGAGACAAAUUCAUAUAUGCAUGUAUAUGUAUUUAAUGAGUUAUAAGCUGUAAUACCUGGAUCAAAUAAAUAUUGGCAUUCUGGAGGGUGUUUUUGCCUCACACUGUUAAUAUUAUCUGUUGAUUUUAUUGUGUAUUUUUGAUAAAAUAGUUGUUAUUCAAUUAA